UUGAUUUUUGAACGCGAGUUUCUUAAACCUACAGAUAAAAAUUUUAUCUUUUAUAUUAUAAUUUAGUAAAUAGGUGCUCAAUUAUAACCACGUAUUUAUUAUGUAUAUUUUGUUUAGAAGAUAGAAAUGUUUCGUUAAAUGUAGGUUAUUGGUUUUUUGGAACAAUAAUAUAAUUAGGUACCUAUGUUAUUGUAAUAAAUUGAAAAAAUAUUUAAAUAAUAUUUGUAAUGUUAUCUAUUCUAGUAAACCCUUCAUAAAUAUCAAUAAAUCGAUAAAUGUGACAGGAGAGUAAUAUAAUAAUUAUCAUACACCACAGCAUCACUUGUAUUAAAUUUAAUGAUAGGUUUUUUGUUGUUAGACUUAUGGUAGAAAUUCCAAAAAUGUUCUGCGUUUCCCUCUGAAAUAAAAACCAAUUAGAUAAAAAUAUAUUCACAUAAAGCUAUCUAUGAUUUUGGUAUCUUGCUUCGUAUGAUAAUAUAGUUUCAUAAUUGACCUUUAAGUCGUGAGUUCGACGAAUAUUCACUCGGAUGUGUGCACAGAGAUAUUAUUAAAUGUUAUUAUCAAGUUGUUACCUGUUAGGAAAAGGCGCUGUAUAAAUAACAUUAUUAUUGUUUUUAGAUUAGCUCAACAAAUUAAACACAAUAAAUUCUGAUAAUUUUUUGCUCGGUAUUUAUUUUUUGCUGCUGCUAAUUAAAAUUAAAUGCAAAUAUAAAAUAUAUAGUGCAUGGCCACGUUGGUUCGAUGGGAACAAAAGUGAUUGGACAUUUUAAUAUCGUAUGCAUAUUAUUAUACUAUUGCUUAUUAAUUAGUAAUGAAUUUCAUGAUAAAUUAAAAUCAUAAAAGUUUCCCGUGGCUGAUUGAUGUGGCAAUGAGUGAAUGAGGGAUACAGCUUUAAUGAGUUACUUCCUUUCGUAAUUUAUUUUUCGUGAAAAUAUUGCAUUAAAAUUUUGUUUGCAGCUGUUAAAAAUGCUUUUAAGUUGUUAAAACUGGCUAUGUCUCUAAUACAAUUAUUGAUUCCUCUUGAGCUUUUACAUCCAUCGUCGGGUUGAAAAUUUGCACGAAAUGUUUGAAUCGCGAGGCUUCCGCUUGUUCCAAAUGGAGCGACGUUUCUUUCUCGGGUUUUACACUUUUGUUGGACGUCAUUGUUGCCAGUUAAAACGAUUAAAAUUGGUGUUGUCGCUUUAAUUAUUAGUAUCGCUAACAUUACUGUAUUGUGAAAAUGUUAAUGAUUAUAUUUUUUUUUUUUUUGUUUUUUGAAUUUUUCUGUUUGCCAGAAAUGCCGGGACUCUAUAUAUAGGUGUAACAAAUUAACAUUUUAGCGGUUGUUAAUUUGCAGCAGCGCCUGCCCGCCACCGAUGCGUGGCCUCUGUGUGUACUUUAAGGUCUCCACACACGAUACCAAACAUAUAAUAUACUAUAUACGCGUUGCAGGAUAGAGGGUGUUUGUGCUCGCGCACGUCCGAUAUGCGGUACCCGCGACGGAUAUGUCACUAUACCGCCAUAUCUUAAUACUUGUAAAAAUUGUUUUACGCGUGUCGUAAUAAAUUGUAAUAUUAUAAUAUUAUUCACGAUAUUAUUAUGCAUUGCAAUCACGCGUUUUUUGCGUAUAAGAUCGUCAAUAAAAUGUGUUCGCCGCUGUUGUUUUUGUUCGCUUAUAGGUACCAAAGUCCGCGCCAAUCGUCCGCCAACAUGUUGACAGAGUGUUGCGACGUCAUGUUGGCACACAGCCCGCCGAUCUACAGCGGCCCGCCACAGGACCAUCUGUCCGUGCUCUAUAAGAACUGGUUGGUCGUGAACAAGAAGCAACAGUCGCCGUUGUCGGUGCGCCGGUCGGCGUCCUUCUCGCCGACCCGGUCGGACGACAGACAGCCGACGGCGGCGGCCCACUCGUCGCCCUCCUCCAGCAAGCCCCGCAGACCGUGCCUGGUGAUCAGGGCAGAUUCUGAUGCAAGCAUAGGAUCGUCGUCGUCGAGUUCGUCUUCGGACGAGAACGAGCCGUCCAGUCCGGUCCGGAGGAAAAAGAAAGUCGUUUUCGCCGACGACCGAGGCCUGUCACUGACUCAAGUGCGAUUGAUGAACGAACCGUCGAACCAGCCGCCAAAAUUGAUGACCGUCGUCAGACCGUACCUACCCAAGUUGGUUACGUCGCCGUCGUCGUUGUCGUCAUCCUCUUCGUACUAUCAAUCAGAUGCCGCCGGCUCGGGCUCCGGGUCAGCGGCCGGCGCCAAACACCUCCAGCAGCAGCCAAUAGGUGCUGCGGAUCAGCUACUACUGCAGUGGCAUCUCAGGUUCUCGCAGCCGGCUUCCAGCUACGUCGAUUUCCGUAAGCGGCUGGACACGGACAACGUGUCGCUGGAGAACGUGAUCAUCCGGUCGCCGGACAGGCGGAUCGUGGGCACGGUCAAGGUGCGCAACCUGUCCUACGACAAGGCCGUAUUCAUCCGGUGCACGCACGACCGGUGGGUCGGUCACGAAGACACGCAGUGCACGUACGUGCAGAACAACGCGAUGGUGAACGCGGCCGCGAACGGCUCCGGUUCGGCCACCGGUCUAGCGCCAAACGUCGCGGCCAUCUACGACACGUUCUCGUUCCAACUUCCGCUGCCCGUCCACACCGCGUCCAUGGAGUUCGCCGUGUGCUACAAGAGCGCCGAGUUCGAGUGUUGGGACAACAACGACGGCAACAACUAUUGUCUGUCCGUGGGCAGCCCGACCAACGGCACCCCGCUGCCGCCGCCGCCGCAGCAAUCCGUCCUGUCGCCCGUCCUGGUCGCCGACUUCGAUCACCAUCCGAAGCAGCCCGUCCACUACUUUGGCGCACAGUCCAGGCAGAACUCGUGGUCCGGGUGGCGCGAGCAGAAAAACGAAGCUUCCGCGUACUGGUGAACGAGCCCUCAGCCACCAAAGUCCACCUGUCUAAAAUAUUGUGGGAAUUAAUUAUUGUUUUUUAAUUUCUAAAAAAAAAACUGCAACAAAACGACAAAGUUUAGCAGUGAGAACUGCAGUUCGUUGCCCACCCAAAAUAUCAUUAUUAGUCGACGUGCAUGACCGCGUGUAAAUAACCGAUUAAUGUUAAGAAAAAUGAAAUGUAUACGUUUGUUUUUAUACAAUUUUUGAAUUUUUAUAUAGGUACCUCUAUUUAUUGUUUUAGAUUAAGCAUUUUCAAAAAAAUAUUUAUUCAUCAUCACAUUUUUUUAAAUAUAGAAUAUUAUAUCAACGUACUGACAAACUUUUUUACAUAAAAAAAAAAAAUAAUAAACAGUUAUAAAUCAAACACUGUAAUCUAGUGGAAUCGUUGAUUUGAUAUUUUAACUUUUUUCCUGUUUUAAUGUACUGAAGUAUAAAAAAA